GCGCGCAGGCGGAGGAUCGCCGAGCCGAGCCGUUCCGUGCAAGCAGGCACAAGCCGCUGGGCGCGCGAGAGAAGCCGCAAAAAAAAUUACAGCAGCCGCAACUUGAAGCUGCGAUCAGCGCGAGGGAGCGUCGGAACUUCAGUCCGCACGAGACUAGAAAGGCAUCAUGGGAGGCAAACUCAGCAAAAAGAAGAAGGGAUACAACGUGAACGAUGACAAGGCCAAAGACAAGGACGCCAAAGCCGAGGGGGCAUCUGCUGAGGAGAGCGAGGCGCCCAAGGACAACAAAGACGAGGCCCCCGCUGCCACCGACGCCAAGGAGGUAGCCAACGACACAGCAGCUAAAGAGGCGCCGGCAGCGGACGCCGCCGCGGCCAAGGGCGAGGAAAAGAACGCAGCUCCGGCCGCAAAGGAGCCCGAGAAACCUGCCGCCAACGCUGAGCCGAAAACAGAGGCACCCAAGAGCGCAGAGCCCGCCAAGGCCGAGGAGAAACCGGCCGCCCCCGCCCCAGCCAAGGAGUCAGCCCCGGCCGCCAAGGAGCCGGAGGCCAAGGCAGCAGCAGCGGCCCCGGAGAGCAAAGACGAGGCCGACGCCAAAAAGACUGAGGCCCCCGCGGCACCAGCAGCCAAAGCCGAGGCGGCGCCUGCUGCCUCCCCUGACCCCAAGCCCACAGAGGCAGCGGCGGCGGCCCCUGCACCGGCAAAGGAGGCCACAGCCGCCAGUUCAACACCAGCCGCCGAACCGCCGAAGGAGGCGAACGCCACGGAGGCACCGAGCAAGGAUCAAACCGUAGCAGUUCAAGAUUAAUGGACAGCUUCUUUUCGGAAAUGAAAAUUAAGUACCUAACUCAACAACGACGAAUUAAAAAAAGAUGAAAAAGAAAUUAACUAGCCCACGCAUAUUAUGAAAUAACAAUAAUAAUAAUAAUUGUAAUGAUGACGAUUGGUUGAAGGAGCCGGACCGGAGCAACCGCCUGGAGAAGAAUCCGCAGCUGCAGAUGAUUAUUGCUAUUAUUAUUGUUAUGUUUUAUUCUAUUUUUUUCUGCUGUAGUAUUUGAACUUUGAUACGAGUCUGUGUCGGCCAUUUUGCCUCGCCAUCCCGCCACUGCCAUCGCCAUCUCCUUCACACGGUCAAGAGGUUCAACCCGGCAUUCAGAAACCCCGCCCCCUCACCCCCCUGCUCUGUGGACAAUGUGGGGAAAUUGGACCGAGGGGAAGGAGGGAGGGUCGACGGAACCACUUCACCAGCUGGACUCCCACCGCAUCCGUCCACUCUUCAUCCCUCCUCCUCCUCCUCCUCCUCCUCCUCCUCCUCCUCCUCCUCCUCCUCCUCCUCCUCCUCUACCGACAGUAUUCAGUGCUGUGGAUUUGUGGUCGUCUCCUUUUUUUUUUUCCCCAACCAUCUCCCUUCAGUUUUAUUUGUGUUUCCGGGUUGCGUCGCUGCCUGUUUCUCCAUCUCUUGGCUUAAAAUCGGGGGGAGUUUUGUCACGAGGACUGAGUUAGACCACGGUUUCUCGGACACUUUAGAGGUUGAUAAAGUCGGUGGACGCAGAGCUAAAUGUAUUCUUAGGCAUAAAACUGACGUAGGAGUUUUUUCAGAUCUAGAUUUUGUACUGAAACCCUUGGUAUGUAGUGAACUAAGUGGGUUUUUUUAACAUUUGUAAUAUCUACUACACCUGCAACGCCUCGCUAAAGCAACCUCUGAAGUGUUUUU